CGUCUUCUUCGUCCUACUAUGCCCUAAGUCUCUGUGGCUUUACCCUUUUUGGUCUUUUCACAUAACACCCAGUAAUCUGACGGCUCUGCUUCCGUCCACGUCAGCUUCGUCUUCUUCAACCCUCUCUUUCUCUCACGGUCACCGUCUUCUUCUCCCCUCUUUAGUUUAUCGCGUUAUUUAUACGGUUUCUUCUCUAGGGUUUCCUCCAGAUUCAUCUACCAUUCUCUUCUCCGUUUUUCGUUUUUUUUCAUCCCUCGAGUAACCGAAGUUUCGCCGACGCGGAGGCAUCGGAGCUCCAGUUUUGUUCAAUUCUGGAGAAAAUUUGAGGGUUAUCGAGUUCUGUGAGUGGGAUUGGGGGUUUUAUGUGCGAUGGCGAUUGAGAAGAGUAACGUUAAGGUUUCUAGGUUUGAUUCAGAGUACUCUCAUGGCAGUGGUGAAUCUAUGUCAAGCUACGAAGGAGAAGAGAGGCUUGAACUUCAACGUAAAAUCUCUUCAGCAGCGGCUAAUGUUGAUUCUGAGGAUGAGGAAGAUGAUUUCGAUGAAGAUGAUUCAGGAGCAGGCUCUGAUGAUUUUGAUCUGCUCGAGCUGGCUGAAACCGGAGCCGAGUUUUGUCAGGUUGGGAACGUGACUUGUAGCAUUCCUUUCGAGCUCUAUGAUCUCUCUAAUCUAGAAGAUAUACUCUCUGUUGAUGUUUGGAACGAGUGUCUCACUGAGGAAGAACGUUUUAGCCUCUCGAGUUAUCUUCCUGACAUUGAUCAGUUCACGUUUAUGCGUACUUUGAAAGAGCUUUUCGAGGGUCGUAAUUUCCACUUUGGAAGUCCGAUCAAGAAACUGUUUGACAUGUUGAAAGGUGGACAGUGCGAGCCGAGGAACGCGCUUUAUCUCGAGGGACGUGAUUUGUUUCUAAGGACGAAACAUUAUCAUACGCUGAGGAAGUAUCAUAAUGACAUGGUUGUGAAUCUUUGUCAGACGAGGGAUGCUUGGGCGAGUUGUAAAGGGUACAGCAUCGGUGAGAAGCUCCGAGUCUUGAAUAUCGUCAAAAGCCAGAAGACUCUUAUGCGCGAGAAAAAGGAUGAUUUUGAGGAGGAUUCCUCGGAGAAAGAGGAACCUUUUGAUGGGGUUUGGAGCAGAAAGGUUAAAGAUAAGUCUGCGCAAAACAAAAUGGCACGUUAUGGUGUUGAUUCACAUGAUAGAUAUGCCAAACCAAAGUCGAAACCAAAGACAGGAGCACUGAAGUUUAAAACCUCUAAUGGGCCAUAUGCUUCAGGUUAUAAUGGGUUAGGUAUGAACUCUGCAUACAACACCUCAUCUCUAGUUAGGCAGAAGAAGUAUGGUUCAAGUUUGGUUCUUGGGUCAGAAGAUAUUAUUGAUGACAAUGAUGAUGAUCAGGAUCCACUCUUUGGAAUGGGUUCUCGACGAGAUCGGGAUAUUGAUGCUAAAGAGAGAUCUGGAUUCUUGAGGCCUGGAAAAAAACAUAAGUUUCCAAGAGAGGGAGAACCGAUUUCUGAACAUUUCAUGAGUCCACCAUAUUCGUCAAGGCAGUCCCACAGCAAUUUUGCAAAAUCAAGUAAAUAUGCAAAUCAUAUUCAGCCUCAUGGAUAUGCAGAUCAGAUGAAGCCUGUAAAAGGUAGUCUAGCAGACCUUCGUGGGGAGUUUCAUCGGCAUGGAAAGAAUCAUGGAGAUGGCUUUUCUGUUGAUCCCAGAUAUAUAUCUGAUGACUUGAAUAGUAAAAGCAAAAAAUUGAAGUCUGAGAGGGACUCACCUGAUACUAGUUUGAGAUCUUAUAGAGCUUCUAUGCAACAAAUGAACGAAAGGUUCUUAAAUUCUGAUUUUGGUGAGAACCAAGUCCAGGAAAAGAUUAGGGUGAAUGUGGUACCAAAUGCGAGGUCUGGUAUUGCAGCGUUCAGAGAUAGCAGAUUGUUCAUGAGAAAUGAUGAUACAGAGUCGGAUUCAUCUGACGGGUAUGAUGAUGAGGAGGAGAGACAUCACAUUAUGCGGAACAAAUCAUCCGUCUCUGGUGGUAGGCUAAAUAAUUCUCAUUUUGCAAUACUCAAAUCCGGGCAAGAUAGUAAAAAAAAUAAAUCAAGAAAGAAAGAUAUGCUGGAGAAUGAAUUGCUUGAUCGACGGGGAGAUUACUUGAAAUAUUUAGGCCCACCUGGAGAACACAUCUAUGCGCCAGGUACAGAGAAACAUUCCUUCAAGUCAAAACAAAAGGGUAAGAUGCGUGACAGGAGUCCCUUGAAUAAUUUCUCCCCUCGAGAUUUUGAAGAUGGCCCUAUCACAAGCUUGAGUGAAUUGAAGGACAGGCACAAUAGGAAGGAGUUUUUCAGGCCAAACAAGAGUAGCCAGACAAGAGAGCAAAUGACUUAUAGACCACAGUUUCAGAGAUCAUCUGCAAAACAAAAUUUGUCUGGUAGAAAAAGAGGCUUUGAUGAAGAUGACGAAUCACCUGAGAUGAGAACAUUGGUUAAUGAUAUUGCCCGGGAUCGACAUAGUAGGAAAUAUCAGGUCUCUGAGGGGGAUGGUAAUAGUGGUGAUGAAAAUUCAGAGGCCAGGUUGUUGGUUACUUGCAGUGCUGUGUCCAAAAAGAGGAAGACUAGAGAGUCUUUGAUGGACAUUGAGAGGAGGGAGGAUAAUGGUGAGCUGCAGCUUUAUUCUGACAUUCAACAGCCGGUUGAUGAUAUUAUUGCCUUAAAGAGAAAGGGAAAGAAGAAAAUGGAGGUUGAUGUUGAUUUUCUCGAUUUGGAAACCUCUGAAACACCAAAAGCAGGAAAAGGUGCAAGUGAAGCAGAGGUGGAAACCAAGCCGCAGAAGAAGCCAUUUGUGUUGAUCACACCAACAGUUCACACUGGCUUCUCUUUCUCCAUUAUGCAUCUUCUGACAGCAGUGCGUAUGGCAAUUAUUAGUUCGCGUCCCGCAGAUUCAUCAGAUGUUAGCAAGCCUAUGGCAGUGGAGAAUGCAGAACAUGAAGCUGGAGAAAAUGGUGCUCCCAUGUCCAAGGAUGCAGAGGAUAACAAGUCGCCACAGCAGGGAAGUGGGAACUUGCCAUCGCUCACUAUCCAGGAGAUUGUUAGCUGUGUGAAGUCAAACCCGGGAGAUCCUUGCAUCCUCGAGACGCAAGAGCCACUUCAGGAUUUGAUUAGAGGAGUUCUCAAAAUCUUCUCCUCGAAAACCUCACCUCUAGGAGCAAAGGGUUGGAAGCCACUUGUACAAUUUGAGAAACCCACGAAAAGCUGGUCUUGGAUAGGGCCUGUUCUAAGUCCUUCUGAUCAAGAGAGUGUUGAAGAGGUAACAUCGCCUGAAGCCUGGGGUCUCCCGCACAAGAUGCUUGUCAAGUUGGUUGAUUCAUUUGCAAAUUGGCUGAAAAAUGGUCAGGAAACUCUUCAGCAAAUCGGAAGUCUUCCCGAACCACCGCUGUCACUCAUGCAGUGUAACCUUGACGAGAAAGAAAGAUUUAAGGAUCUGAGAGCCCAAAAGAGCCUUAACACAAUUCUCCAGAGUUCCGAAGAAGCAAGAGCUUAUUUCCGCAAAGAGGAAUUUCUGAGGUACUCAAUUCCGGACAGGGCCUUUGUGUACACGGCUGCUGAUGGUAAGAAGUCGAUUGUUGCCCCUCUGAGAAGAGGCGGAGGGAAGCCAACCUCGAAAGCUCGGGAUCAUUUCAUGUUGAAACGUGAGAGACCGCCACAUGUUACAAUUCUGUGUCUUGUGAGAGAUGCUGCCGCCAGAUUGCCUGGUAGUAUUGGGACAAGAGCUGAUGUUUGUACCUUAAUAAGAGACUCGCAGUAUAUCGUGGAGGAGGUGACCGAUAUACAAGUGAAUCAAGUCGUGAGUGGGGCCUUGGAUCGUUUGCACUAUGAGCGGGACCCUUGUGUCCUAUUCGAUGCAGAUAGGAAAUUGUGGGUCUAUCUACACAGAGACAGAGAAGAAGAAGAUUUUGAAGAUGAUGGUACUUCAUCCACUAAGAAAUGGAAGAGGCCGAAGAAGGAAGCUGCAGAGCAAACAGAGGAACAAGAAGCUGUCACAGUAGCGUUAAAUGGGAAUGAAGAACAAACCGGGACUGAGAUGGGUUCAGACCAGAAGACUGUUGAGUCCGCUGGUUUAGACGGGGAUCAAGGAGCAGCAGACCAACUGUGUAAUGUUACUGAACAAGCUGGAGAGGAAAUGUGUAUUGAGACUGAACAAGCUGGAGAGGAGCAAGAUGUUGAGAACACUGCACAUGGUAAUGAGACAACGAUGUGGGAGCCUGAUCCUGCUGUGGUUUCAAAUCCUAUUGAGGAUAACACGUUCAUCUGCCAAGAGAACUCAGUGGAUGUUGAUUUUGACGAUGAAACAUGAUUGGUGAAAUUCUUUAAUACCAGUUGCAGGUGAAAAUUCCAGAGGGUAGUGUUCUUUAACAGAAAGAGAGGCUAUGGAUUUGUAUAAAGACAUAAUUGGUUUGGUCCCAAAAGAAAUAUAAGAGUUGAGAUCACACAAGCUCUCUCACAAACAUGUUGAAAGGUUAUUCUUUUUGUUCUCAAGC